AUGAAUUUAAUGGUUACUGACACUUGCUCUUGGGAUGUCAUCAUACAUGGUGGUAGUACUCUGGAUGCAGUGGAGCAAGGUUGUACAGUCUGUGAAGUGCUACAGUGUGAUACAACAGUGGGAUACGGUGGAAGCCCUGAUGAAACUGGAGAAACCACACUCGAUGCUAUGAUCAUGGAUGGAGUGACACAUGAUGCUGGUUGCGUGGCUGAUUUGAGACGUGUAAAAGGAGCCAUAUCAGUCGCCAGGAGCGUCAUGGAACAUACCAAACAUACACUGAUAGCUGGGGACCAAGCCACACAGUUUGCUAUUGAGAUGGGGUUUAAAGAAGAGAAUCUAACAACAAACAAAUCAAGAGAAAUGUGGGAAAAAUGGAAGAAAGCUAAUUGUCAGCCAAACUAUAGACAAAAUGUUUCACCAGACCCAACACAGUCAUGUGGCCCAUACCAGCCAAUCAAAACCGGAAGUCAAAAGAAAAAAAGAUUUAAUAAAUAUAUUAACAAAAACAACCAUGAUACAAUAGGUAUGGUGGUGAUAGACAAAGAUGGCAAUGUGGCUGGUGGUACAUCGACAAAUGGUGCCAGUCAUAAAGUACCUGGUCGUGUUGGUGAUUCACCUAUGAUUGGUGCAGGGGCAUACGUAGACAAUGAUGUUGGUGGCGCUGCAGGAACAGGAGAUGGUGAUGUAAUGAUGAGAUUCCUACCAAGCUACCAGGCUGUUGAAUACAUGAGGAUGGGAAUGGAUCCGACGACAGCGUGUCAAACUGCUAUGAGUCGAAUAAUUCAAUAUUACCCAGAAUUCAGUGGGGCACUGGUAGCGGCUCAUGUCUCAGGCAUACAUGGUGCAGCAUGCAAAGGAUUUGGGACAUUCCAUUAUUCUGUGAGGAACCCAGGGAUGAGCAACGUGACUGUGGAAGCUGUGACCUGUGUAUAGAUUCCAAUGGUCAAUCCUUUGUAGGCCAUACUUAUUUCUGUCAACAUCUUGUACAUUUUUUCUACAUUUUCAUUGUGGUAAUUUUGGACCAAAUGCAUAAUAUUUAUUAUGCAGGGAAAAAAAUUACACAAGUCAUUAAAAUGGCAUUCAAAG